AUGGCCAGCACUGCCACCCUGCUCGACGCCGGAGGAAGACGGCACUAUCGCUAUGCCUACGCCGACACCGCCUUCAUACCCGUGUUCUUGAGGAACAGCAUCGUCCCGAUUUGGUCAACCACCCGCUCCGCCUUGGCCCACCUCGCUGCGCCUCAAUCCCCUCUGCUCGCGCCUGCGUCGCUCGCCUGGCCCACCCCGCCGGUGCCGGCCAACUCCUGCUCCACCUACCACCGCGCCUCCACUCCGCCGGCCAACGCCGCCCACCCCACCUCGCGCGCGAGCCCGCAGCUCCAUCCUCGUUGGCCAAAGCCAACCGCCAGGCUCGCUUGCCAGCGCCCACGGGCCACCUCCGCUGCAUCCCACGCGCUGCGCCUCACCAGCUCCCGCCCGCUGCUGCUUUGCUGCUCCUCCACAUCACCAGCUAGGCCGCGCGCCCACGCCCCGCGCCAAGAAAUCGCCGCCUCCACUGCGCGCAAGCCACAAGCAGCGCCGCCCACUUUCCCAGCCAGCACGCGCAGAACCCACCACCACCAGCUAGCGCCGCUCGUCCGCAGGCCUUGGCCGCCCGCCCGCUGCUCUACCACGCGCAUCACGCGCCAGGGCCCUGUUUCAAUCCGCAGCGCCGCCUCCACUCGCAAGGUCGCCCAGGCCGACCCGCUCUCCACGCGCGCAGCAGCAGCUCACCCGCCCGCCUCGCUCGACCGGAGCCGCCUAAGCUUGCCGCUCGACCCGCCAGGCUCCACCGCCGCUCGCCCCGCGCCCUUGGGCCACCGCGCCGUCGGCCCACGCCAACUCCCGCCCCACUCGAGCACCACCACCGCGCCCGCUCCGCCCAGCUCAGGCCACCACCGCCCCUGGCCCCGCCUGCCCCCCGCGCGCGCAACCUCCACAGGCCACCAAGCACAGCAGCAGCAGCCGCCGCUCGCCCCAAGCCCGCCCAACCUCCACGCACCCUGGCAAGCCACCAGCUCCACCUUCCUCCGCUUGAUUAUGCUCACUCUGAAUCGCGUUGACCAGCAGACCGGCAGUGCUGCUAGCAUCAGCCCGGCAGUGCCGGCCGAGUUACCCCGGCAGUGCCGGCCAACACAGCCCGGCAGUGCCGCUGUGCAAGUUUCAGACAACUUUGACUCCAAUUUUUGCCCCAAAUUUUGA